UCCCUUUGUUCUCCAACACCUUCAGUUGGCACCUUUGCAGGGAAGGGGCCUAGGCUGUUAGUUACCUGGAGACAGAGUGUUGGCCAUUCUCUGUGCAGACACCAUCACACCGGUUUCCUAGGGCUCUGCAACAAUCACACCCCCUUAUCCCCCAACCUAGGUACUUGAGAACUGCAUAAGGGAAGCAGAGGAACCCACACAGUAUUCAGAGAAAACAUGAAGAACAGUCCCACUUCGUCACACACCCGCUCACCAGAGCUAAUUCCCGAACUGGCCAGCAGGAGACACCGGUGUCUCCAGAACUAUAUCCCGCCCCAGAGCCUCACCCUGUCCUGCCCCGUGUGCCGCCAGACCUCCAUCCUGCCCGAGCAGGGCGUGGCCGCGCUGCAGAGCAACUUCUUCAUCACCAACCUCAUGGAGGUGCUGCAGCGCUCCCCCGAGGGCAGCAGCCGCCCGGACGCCGCCGCGCUGGACCCCGUCAGCGCCGUCACUGGCCAGCCGCUCUCCUGCCCCAACCACGAGGGCAAGGUGAUGGAGUUCUACUGCGAGUCGUGCGAAACGGCCAUGUGCCACGAGUGCACGGAGGGCGAGCACCGGGAGCACGUCACCGUGCCGCUGCGCAACGUGGUGGAGCACCACAAGGCCUCGCUGCAGCAGCAGCUCGACGCCAUCAAGAGCCGGCUGCCCCAGCUGACGGCUGCCAUCGGGCUGGUGACCGAGAUCAGCAAGCAGCUCACGGAGCGGAAGAACGCCGCCGUGGGCGAGAUCAGCGGCUCCUUCGCGGAGCUGGAGCAGGCCCUGCAGCAGCGCAAGGGGCUGCUCGUGCGUGACCUGGAGGCCACCUGCAGCGCCAAGCAGAAGGUGCUGCAGGCCCAGCUGGACGCCCUGCGGCAGGGCCAGGAGAACAUCCUGAGCAGCUGCACGUUCACGGAGCAGGCACUGCACCACGGCACGGAGACGGAGGUGCUGCUGGUGAAGAAGCAGAUGAGUGAGCGGCUCAGCGCCCUGGCCAGCCAGGAGUUCCCCGAGCAGCCGCAGGAGAACGACCAGCUGGACUUCGUGGUGGAGACGGACGGCGUCCGCAAGUCCAUCCUCAACCUGGGCGUGCUCAUCACCACCAGCGCCAUCGCCCAUAAGACGGUGGCCACAGGCGAGGGGCUGCGGCACGCGGUGGUGGGGCAGCCCUCCUCCCUCACCAUCACCACCAAGGACAAGGACGGCGAGUUGGUGCGCAGCGGCAGCGCCAGCCUGCAGGCCCAGGUGACGGCGCCCGAUGGCAGCCGGGCCGAGGUCGAGGUGCUGGACAACAAGAACGGCACCUAUGAGCUGGUGUACACGCCGCGGCAGGAGGGCGACUUCCUGCUCUCCAUCCUGCUCUAUGGGCAGCCCAUCAGGGGCAGCCCCUUCCGCACCAAGGCCCUCAAGGCCUGCGACAUGCCUCCCUCGCCCGACGACGUCAAGCGCCGCGUCAAGUCCCCCAGCAGCGGGCACAUCCGGCAGAAGGCCGUGCGGCGCCCCUCCAGCAUGUACGGCAGCGGCAAGAAGAAGGAGAACCCCAUCGAGGACGAGCUCAUCUUCCGCGUAGGAAGCCGAGGCCGGGAGAAGGGGGAAUUCACCAACCUGCAGGGCAUCUCCACCUCCAGCUCUGGUCGCAUCGUCGUGGCUGACAGCAAUAACCAGUGUGUGCAGGUCUUCUCCAACGAGGGUCAGUUCCGGCUGCGCUUCGGCAUGCGGGGCCGCUCCCCUGGGCAGCUUCAGCGCCCUACCGGCGUCACGGUCGACAUGAACGGGGACAUCAUCAUCGCUGACUACGACAACCGCUGGGUCAGCAUCUUCUCCCCCGAGGGCAAGUUCAAGACGAAGAUUGGGUCUGGGCGGCUGAUGGGCCCUAAGGGCGUGGCCGUGGACCGCAAUGGCCACAUCAUCGUGGUGGACAACAAGGCCUGCUGCGUCUUCAUCUUCCAGUCCAAUGGGAAGCUGGUGACCAAGUUUGGCGGCCGCGGGACGGCGGAGCGGCAGUUUGCAGGUACCCUUGAUGGGCCCCACUUCGUCGCUGUUAACAACAAGAACGAGAUUGUGGUGACCGACUUCCACAACCACUCGGUGAAGGUGUACAGCGCCGACGGCGAGUUCCUCUUCAAGUUCGGCUCCCACGGGGAGGGAAACGGGCAGUUCAACGCCCCCACCGGCGUGGCCGUCGACUCCAACGGCAACAUCAUCGUAGCCGACUGGGGCAACAGCCGGAUCCAGGACAGGUCAGAGCCCCUGAGAACGUCCACCCGCCGCAGCGAACUGAGCAGAGCCCUGAGCUGGCAGCGCAGGCGGGAGGAGACGGGCGAGUGCGGCUCUGCGACCGACGUCGGCAGCCGGGCAAAGGCAGGAAGCAGCCCAGGGAACCGGCCGGGUGCAGAACAAACAGGCCCUUGCUGUGAUCCCCAAGGCCUGGGCUGGCGAAUGGGUCUGGGUUCCCUUUCCCACCCGCCUGCAGCAGGGCGCUGUGGGCCUGGAGGGUAAAGGGCCAGGGGAAGGUGGCAACACCCGGAACUGCCUGGGGAUGUCCAACCAGCAUGGACCUUCAGCAGUGCCCAGCCCCGGCAGCUGGCUCCAUGCUGCUGUGAAAGGUCGCUGGCGCUGCCCGUGGGUGGCUCAUUCUUAGGUGGGCUUUGUGCAUCCCUUAUACUGUGUGCUGCAACAUCGCCCAACGGCACCCAGCUGGGAGAAGGCACCUCUCACGUGUGUAAGGAACACUGGCCAUGCCUGGACCUCCGGGCGUGGCGCAGCCAACUCGUUGGCAUGGCUGUGGCAUGUGGGGGCAGCCUGGCGUACUUCCUUCUGAAACCAGAGAAACCCACCUCCAGGUUUGUCCCAGUACCAGAGGAGCCAGCACAACCCAGUUUAUAGGGGCCGCGUGGGCUCCCUAGCUAGGCCUGAGAACCGAGCCGCUGUAAGCACAUCCACUCAACGUGGAGUCCCCGGUGACGAUGACAUUUCGGGACCGGCCAGGGAGCCAGUUUUGAAUCUAUUGCACGGGUGCUGUCAUGAUUUUGUGUCAUUCUCGGGUUUUGAUCAGAAUGUUGUGUGGUACCAAAGCAAACGCCUUUCAGCCGCCUGUCUGUUACAGCAGCCAAACUGGUCAUCGCCUCAAACAAGUAAUGUCAGUGUCACAAGGUCUGUAGCCAUAAACCGAUGUUGAGUGGCAUUAAUUCCGUCAUCUCCACUAACGCUUUAGGAAUCAUGUCCCAUGUUGGCCAUUUCACUACUUUGCCCAGGAUUGAUGUCAGACUGACAGGCUGCUCCAGGCCAGCCCUUUGGCCCUUUUGAAAUAUUGGCACAAUAUUAGCUGUCAUCCAGUCUUCUGGAACAACCUCAGACUUACUGAAAACCAACGUUAAUGGUCCAGCAAGCUCCUCAGCCAGCUCUUUUCAAACCCUUGGAUGCGAGCUUACUUGGGGUGCUGAUUUAUAAACAUCUAUUGUUAGUAGCUGCUGUUUAACAUCCUCCAGCGAUUCUAGUGGAAUGGAACAAGUGCCAACCUCGUCAUUUGAUAGGAUGACAGGAUGUUUUUUCCCCCAAUACAAGAUAAAUAUAUUUAUUCAACACUUUUUCCUUUUCUGCAUUAUUAUUGACCAAAUCUCUCAGUUCUGCCUUGUAAUACACCAAUA